UGUAACUCGAGGCGGGGUUAAAGUUCAGCUCUACGGAGCGGAGAAGCACUGGUUGAAGCUCUCAGUUGGAAAUGUAAAAUCAAGGAGCGGACUUGAUUUCCCCCCUCUUCUGUAUCUCUCACUUUUUUUUUCUUUUCACACACCCACACACAUACGGACACGAACACCACACACACCCCCUUAAAUACUGAAACACACCCACACUUACUAUAAUACUAACAUACAAGAAUUCAGCACACAAACAUACACGUAACAUUUACACAGACGCACACGUCUUCAAAAUCAGCAAUAUAAACACAACAGAUAUGUAUUCUCCGCUGUGUCUGACGCAGGACGAGUUCCACCCCUUCAUCGAGGCCCUGCUCCCGCACGUGCGCUCCUUCGCUUACACCUGGUUCAACCUGCAGGCGCGGAAGAGGAAGUACUUCAAGAAGCACGAGAAGCGGAUGUCCAAGGACGAGGAGCAGGUGGCCAAGGACGAGCUCCUGAGCGAGAAGCCGGAGGUCAAGCAGAAGUGGGCGUCGCGCCUCCUGGCCAAGCUCCGGAAGGACAUCCGGCCGGAGUUCCGCGAGGACUUCGCCCUCUCCGUCACGGGGAAGAAGCCGCCGUGCUGCGUGCUCUCGAACCCGGACCAGAAGGGCAAGAUGAGGCGCAUCGACUGCCUGCGCCAGGCGGACAAGGUGUGGCGGCUGGACCUGGUCAUGGCCAUUCUGUUCAAGGGCGUUCCUCUGGAGAGCACCGACGGGGAGAGGCUGGUCAAGUCCCCCCAGUGCUCGAACCCGGGACUCUGCGUGCAGCCCCACCACAUAGGAGUGUCCGUCAAGGAGCUAGACCUGUUCCUGGCCUACUUCGUCCAUUCAGAGCUGGUGCAGAAUGACAGCCCAGACCAGACCAGCGAGGCAGAUGUCAAGGAGCUGCCAGAAAACGGACACACAAGCUUCCAGGACAGUUUUAUCACAUCAGGUGUCUUCAGUGUCACAGAGCUGGUUCGAGUCUCUCAGACGCCCGUAGCAUCCAGGACUGGGCCCGGCUUCUCGUUGGCUGAUCUUGAUAGCUCCUCCUAUUACAACGUGAGCCCCGGGGCCCCACGCCGGCCACUUCCGAGCACCUCCUCUGGCAGCUCCGUGAAGCGGAUCAAGUGCAUGGAGGAGGAGGAUGUGGACAGUCCAGGGGAGGAGUCUCUCUAUCAUGGGCGGGGCCGCUCGCCGGGUGGCGGCAACUGGCACGAAGUGGAGCCAGGGAUGCCAUCACCAACCACAUUAAAGAAGUCAGAGAGGUGUGGUUUCAGCAGCCCCGCCCCCUUGCUGAACUCUUCCCCACUAACGGCAUUCCCACAGCACCACCAGCCUGUCAUUACAGGGAUCAGAGGAAGUCCCCAUGCCACGCCCUCAGCUCUCCACUUCCCAGCGUCCCCCAUCAUCCAGCAGCCCAGCGCCUACUUCCCCCACCCCACUAUCCGUUACCACCCGCAGGAGAACCUCAAAGAGUUCGUCCAGCUGGUGUGCCCUGAUGGUAGCCAACACCCUGGACAGGUGGGCCUUCUGAAUCCCAAUGGGGGAGGACAGGGGAAGGGGGCUGGACCGUUUCUGCCCUCCCCCAUGCUGCCGCCCCCGCCUCCUCCUCCCAUGGCGAGACCUGUGCCCCUACCCUUGCCAGACACCAAACCACCCCCCUCUACAUCCACCGAGGGCGGGGGCAACUCUCCUAGUCCUCCCUCCUACUCCACGCCCAGCACACCCCCAUCCCAGCGCUUUGUCAGCGUCGGUCCCCGGGAGCCCGCUUUCAUCAACCUCCCUCAGCAACCCCAGUGGUACCUGGGCUAGAGGUUCCAGAACCUGACCGUCCACAGACCGUUCCACGACCACUCCAUGACUACACCACAGACCACUCCAAAGACCGCUCGAACCCUUGCCGUUUCAGCUGAGUGGGACCUGCGAGCUGCGCACCUGCCCAACAGUGCUGAGCUCACCAGGAGGCCAUGAGAGGAAUACAGACACUCAUAUGUCUAUAUGUACCAAAUCUGCAUUCGAUUGUACCUAUGGUGUAUAUAUUCAUAUGGAGGCGGUGGCUCUUUUCUCCGGAUGACGGCCGCGGGAGAAUGAAUGUGCUUCUUUAAUUCUGCUGGAGGGGAGAGACACACACAGUGACUUCAUCCUAGAGCUUCCUUCCUCUUCAUGUUGUGUCUGGUCUUAAAACAACAGCUGCAAAUGCACAUUGAAACUGUGCAACUCUCUAUAUGCAAGCGGUAUACUGUCGUGCGAUACGUGCGGGUACGAACGGUAUACUUUCAUACAGUAUAUGUAAUCAUGAACUGUGGUCCUUCAGCUGUGGAGGUCUUCACCUGUGCCCUUUGAGAUGUUAAAGCUUGUGUGUUGGUUGGUCCCUGAAAUAUGCAGAAUUUCAGGGGCUAAGACACAGAGCCACCAGCAGAUAUCUCUUCUUCCGUCUUCUCCCUCUCUCUUUCCUUCUCCAUCUCUCUCCGGCUCACUCUCUGUCUCCUUCUGGUUCCCUCUCUCUCUGUCUCCCCCUUUCACCCCGCUCUCUGUCCAGAUGCUUUUACAUGGGGCAAUUGGGUGAAAAGAUAUCCCCAAAGACUAAAAAAAGUAAGCCAACCGUGACUUCUUCUGAAAACUCCCUUUCCAUGCUGCAGUCUCAUUUCAUUCAAUUUCAUACAGGAGUCUCCCAGUGACCCCAUCCAAAAGUGUUAAUUAGCAUCACUGUGAUUCAACAGACAGAAGGACAGACAGUCCGCCAUGAUGUUCCUCCAUCCAAACUGAAAAGGUGGACAUCAGCAACCACAAGAAAACAGGAAUAUUGAACGGAACAAAAGUGCAAUUUGGCAGGAUGGCUGUUGGUUAGUUUAGUAUCUUUGUAAGAUAGCUUAUUGAAAUGAUUGUAGAAAAGUAUAUAUUUUAUAUAUACAGUAUAUAUAUAUAUAUAUUUUAUUUCCUUCCUAGUCCUUUCUCACCGGGACUCUAAAGUAUUGGGAUAAAAGAAAAAUGAAUGAGGAAUUUUUUAAAUCAUAACUUUGUGAGGAA